AUGCCGACUCCCGAAUCGGCCGCCUUCUUGGCUCGGAAGCCGACCGUCCCGCCCACCUUUGACGGCGUUGACUACGAUGACUCGAAGCGCUUGAAGCAGGCCCAAGAUGCCAUUAUUCGCGAGCAAUGGGUGCAGGUCAUGAUGGGCCGGCUGGUGCGGGAAGAGCUGGGCAAAUGCUACUACCGGGAGGGUGUCAACCACCUGGAGAAGUGCGGCCACUUGCGCGAGCGGUACCUCCAGCUGCUCAAGACGGCAAGAGUCAAGGGCUACUUGUUCGACCAGCAAAACUAUAUCUCGAAGCAGGAGGCCCAGCAAUAA